GUGUGUCCAGAAGUGCGGACUUGGCGAACUGCGCGCUCUGAAAACAUGCGCGUGCUUUAUUGCUAAUAGCGGGGAGGAUAAUUAAUAUGCGUAAACCUCAAUAUGAGGUGAAACGCUCUUAUAGUCUGUUUACAUAUCAGAUUACAUAUAGGCGUGCUUUAAAAACGCGUCCUUCUGACGCUCGGUUUCACUUCCUCUCUGGCGAAUGGCUUUACUUAGAGUUUAACUGAAGUUGGAAAGUUGUGCACUGCUUGUAAACAGAAGCAGGAGCUGCAGGAGCUCGUUCGCUCAUGGCUGUGGUCGGCGGUAAGAGCGCAGCGCCGUUCUCCGUGAUCAAGCGCUCGUUGUCGCUGCGCUCGGUGCUCUCCGGCGGGCGGCGCAGUGCGCAGGAAGGGCGGCUGGUGACCCGUGCUUCUCACCCGCUCCGGACUCACCGACACCCCUCCUUUGUGUGCUUCUCCUGCCAGGACUCCAUGAGCGAAACCCUGCGGACCUGCUACGCGUAUCUGAACCAGACCAGCCGGAGCUUCGCGGCGGUGAUCCAGGCCCUGGACGGAGAGCUACGGCAUGCGGUGUGUAUUUUCUACCUGGUUCUGCGAGCUCUGGACACAGUGGAGGAUGACAUGAGCAUCCCGCUGGAGAAGAAGGUCCCAUUGCUGCAGGACUUCCACACGUUCCUCUAUCAGCCGGAGUGGAGCUUCAGCGAGAGCAGAGAGAAAGACCGGCAGGUGCUGGAGGAUUUCCCCACGAUUUCGGUGGAGUUCAGGAACUUGGGCCAGGAGUAUCGCGAGGUGAUUUCAGACAUCUGUUACCGGAUGGGUGUGGGGAUGUCCGAAUUCCUGGAGAAGAAGGUUUCAUCCAUGCAGGAGUGGGACAAGUACUGUCAUUACGUGGCGGGUCUGGUGGGGAUCGGACUGUCCCGUCUGUUUUCGGCGUCCCAGCUGGAGGACGCUGAGGUGGGCUGGGACACAGAGCUGGCAAACUCCAUGGGUCUGUUCCUCCAGAAGACCAACAUCAUCAGAGACUAUCUGGAGGACCAACAGGAGGGAAGAGCCUUCUGGCCACAGGAGGCCUGGAGUCAGUUUGCGUCCCGUCUGGAGGAUUUUGCUCGUCCUCAGCACCUGAGCUCUGCUCUGUCCUGUCUCAACCUGCUGGUGACCGAUGCUCUCCAUCACGUCCCAGACGUCAUCGAAUAUCUGUCCCGCCUCCGCAACCAGAGCGUCUUCAACUUCUGUGCCAUUCCUCAGGUGAUGGCGAUAGCGACUCUGUCGGCGUGCUACAACAAUCCUCAGGUGUUUCAGGGGGUGGUGAAGAUCCGGAAGGGUCAGGCCGUGACGCUCAUGAUGCAGGCCACAAGCAUGGGUGCCGUCCAGAGCAUCAUCGCACAAUACAGUCAAGAGAUCCUGCAGAAAGUGUCCGCCUCGGAUCCGUCCCGAGAGAAGACUCUGCGCAUCCUGAGCCUCAUCCGAGAGAAGAGUCUGUCUCCGGCCGCGCUCUCGUCCCGAGCGCACCACAUCUCUCCCGUCUACAUCUCGGCCGCUAUGCUGUUAGCGGCGCUCAGCUGGCAGUACAUGAACGCCGCGGCCGGACAGCCACCAGGGGGCGCUGACAUGCACGGACACUGAGACACACGCGGAGCAGCGCUGAACUCACUGCCAAACCACAGAACCAGUCGGGGAUCUUUAGGGAUCUUUCUGUGACACUCAAUGAUGUUCAGGUCAUUUUCACCCCAAAAUCAAAUGAGAAAACAAUAAGAAAUAGUACAAAAUCUGCUCUAAAAUGAGCAUUUAUAUACAUUUUUAAUACAUUUUAUUAGGUUUUAUAUGUGUAAUACAUGGAAAAGCGUGUGUGUCUGUAUAUAUGUGUGUGUGUGUGUGUGUGUUCAAAAUCAAAUAAAAAAAAAAUAUAUAUGUAAUACAUAAAUAAAAAAUGUGUGUGUUUGUAUAUAUAUAUAGAGAGAGAGGGAGAGAGAGAUAAAAAGAAAAAAUAUAGCUUUCUGUGUAUUAUAUACAAACUAAUUUAAUAUAUAAAAUUAUACAAGUAGUUUUAUAUAUUUAAUGAAAAUUAUAAAA